CGUCUUUUAGUCAAACCAUUUAGCAAAGGAGGAUCACCGAAAGUAAACAAAUCAGACAAAUAAAGUACAAGCACGUCAAAAUCAAUGUCUAGAAUCUAGAUCUAGAGGUAAAUAGAAAUGAGUAAGGAAAAGUCAGAACACAUUUCAAGCACCUUUGACUCUCUGACUAUAUCUGGUGAACGUUUGCAACAGACCUCACCAUCCAAUAGUUCAAAAGAGUCCAACAGCGUGGGAUCACCAUCAAAGUCAUUGAGCUCAUCAUCCUCUACCUCAUCCGAAAACAUGCAUCCCCAUGAAGCUAAGAAUCACAAAGAUGGUAAAAAAGCAGCACAAAAUGAAGACUGUCUACUUCUUGAGGGAGAAAUAGUCAAGGGAAAAGCCCCAGAUGUGACCUACCUGUGUCCAUUCAGUGGACCUAUUCGUGGAAUUCUAACUGUCACAAACUAUAAACUUUACUUUAAAAGUAUUGAGAGGGAACCUCCUUUCAUUCUAGAUGCACCUUUAGGUGUCGCUAGCCAAGUUGAGAAGAUAGGGGGCGCCACCAGCAGAGGAGUGAAUUCAUAUGGAAUUGAUAUUUUAUGCAAAGAUAUACGCAAUUUGCGUUUUGCUCACAAACAAGAGAAUCAUUCCAGGAGGCAGGUGUUUGAAACUAUCCAGCAGUUUGCCUUUCCUAUUACUAACAAAUUACCUUUCUUCGCAUUUGAAUUUAAAGAGAAAUACGGUCAAGAAAAUGGCUGGAAGCUGUAUGACCCAGCUAAGGAGUUAAAGAGAAUGGGAGUUCCCAAUGAAAGUUGGCGGAUCAGCAAAGCCAAUGAGAGCUAUCUGCUGUGUGACAGCUACCCAGCAUUAAUUGCUGUUCCAAAAACUGCAACAGACCAAGAUCUUAUCAAAGUGGCUGAAUUCAGAAGCAGACAAAGAAUUCCAGUGUUGUCAUGGAUACAUCCAGAAAGCCAAGCCUCUAUCACUAGGUCCUCUCAGCCUCUUGUAGGCAUGACCAGCAAGACAAACAAAGACGAUGAGCGCUAUAUCCAGAUGAUAAUGGACACCAAUGCACAGUCCCACAAACUCUACAUCAUGGACGCUCGACCAUCAGUCAAUGCUGUUGCUAACAAAGCCAGGGGUGGUGGAUUUGAAAGUGAGGACGCCUACCAGAAUGCUGAGCUCAUCUUUCUGGACAUCCAUAACAUCCAUGUGAUGAGAGAAAGUUUACGCAAGUUAAAGGAAGUGUGUUUUCCUACCAUUGAUGAUUCUCAUUGGCUGUCCAAUAUAGAAUCUACCCAUUGGCUGGAGCACAUCAAGAUCAUACUAGCUGGUGCUUUAAAAAUAGCAGAUAAAGUUGAAAGUAACAAAACCUCAGUACUAGUCCAUUGCAGUGAUGGCUGGGAUAGAACAGCUCAGUUGACUUCGUUAUCUAUGCUGAUGUUGGACCCAUACUAUCGCACUAUACGAGGCUUUGAAAUUCUAAUUGAACAAGAAUGGCUGAGCUUUGGUCACAAAUUUAAAACACGUGUGGGACAUGGAGAAGAUAAACACUCUGAUGCAGACAGGUCUCCAGUGUUUCUCCAAUUUGUUGAUUGUGUCUGGCAGAUGACACAGCAGUUUCCAAAUGCUUUUGAAUUUAAUGAGCACUUCUUGAUCACCAUUUUGGAUCACUUGUACAGCUGUCUGUUUGGAACUUUUCUAUUUAACUGUGAGAGAGAACGAGUCAAAGAGCGUGUGCAGGAGUUGACUGUAUCCCUGUGGUCCUUCAUCAAUUGCCAGUUGGAAGAGUUCACGAACCCCCUGUACGUGGCUCACAUCCACCAACAUGUUCUGUUCCCAGUGGCCAGUGUUAGGAGGAUGGAAGUCUGGACUGGCUACUACUGCAGGUGGAAUCCCAGAAUGAAACCUCAGGAGCCCAUCCACAUUCGCAAUCGUGAACUUUUGAUACUAAAACUACAACUGCACAGAAAAGUAGAAGAGUUGCAGAGAGAGUUGGCAACGAGGAACAGGCUGAAUGUCCAGUCAUCGCCUCCGAGGUUUUCCAGUGCUGUAGAUAUAUGAUCCAAGGAGGAGUUGUGCUUGUGGCAACAGACACUGAGUACUGCAAUGAACUUUUUUUUUUGAAGCCUAUGUGAUGUAAUUGUUGGCAACUAAAUUCUUGGGAGGACUCUGAAACACGUGAUUUGAAUUAUUGACUUCUGCUUGUCUUGUAGCUUGUGAAAAUAAAAUGUACUUGCCUCUUUGCUCUCUCUCCAAACUAGAGAUUGGUGGGAAGCGGGGGGAAC